AUGGUGACGUCGAAGGAUGGGACGCGCGUGACGAGCGCCAGCGAGCGCGGCGACGCGGCGACGCGAGACGCGCGCACGGGCGUCGUGACGAUGGAACUCGAAAAUGGCGUCGAUGCCGUUGCGCUGUGGUGCCUCGGGAUGUUGACGAGCGGAGAGUUGGUGGGAGGGGACGACGUGGGGAGGAUUUUCGUGUGGGAGGACGGCGAACGGUUUCCAAUUUGGCGAUUCGCGUCGACGGCCGAGUCGGCGCCGAUGCCUGGGAAGGCAAAACGUCUGAAGCCUUCGGAAGGGCCGCCUGAUCGCGUGCACGCGGUGUCGGGGUGGGUGCAUCGUUCGACGGGGAAGGAGUUCGUGGUGAGCGGGAACGGGCAUGGGAUUCUGAGUCUGUGGACGGUUCGCGUGGGCAAGCCGGUAGCGGAGUUCGGUCCUGACGACGGCGGGCAUCGGGGCGCGAUUCACACCGUGUGCGAUAACGAAGGCGUGAUCGUUACCGGUGGGGCGGAUGGGCGCGUGUUGGCGUGGUACGUCAACGAAGAAGGUCAGCUUCUCGGUCCACCGGAGGAACUCAGCGUCCACGGACAUCACACGGGCGCCGUGUUAUGCGCGGCGAGCAUCCGUCCCGGCUUUGUGUGCACGGGAGGCGUCGAUGGACGCGCGUUGGUGUGGGAUAUCAAGGCGCGAGCAGUAUUAUUUGAGUGUCCGGGCACGAAAUCGGCGGGAGCUGUGCGGUCGCUCGCCUUCGAUGGAAAUGGUGUGCUUUACGUCGGAUGCGCUCUGUCACAAAUUUCACGAUGGGAAUUGCCGAGCGACGAGUUUCUCAGCUCUCGCAGUCGCGACGAGCUCCCCUUACUAACGCGUAACAUGAGCAGCGAAAACAUUAGUCAAGCUGUGCCACACUCGGUGAGCGCGCCGACCCCGAAGCGAGACGUCGCCGCGGAAGAAUUGAGUCUCGCAGAUACAAUCAAGACGCUGGACGCCGUUCGCAAAGAGUGUGAGCGUUUACGAGAGUCAGACAGGAGUCGCGCAUCGAAGGUUAUAGGCCUUGAAAAGGAGCUCGUGACCGUGAACAAGUCGCUUGCUAACGUCGGAGAGGAAAAUCAGCGACUCAGGGCCAAGGUAGAUUCGAUGGCGCCAACGCCGAGCGUUGCGCCGAAGGACGACGAAAUCGAGGCGCUGCGCAAGAAGUGCGACAAGAUGGAGAACAUCGCUCGUAAGCAAAAGACGAAAAUCGAAGAGCUGAAGGGCGAGUUACAAUCGGCGGAAAGCUCGCGUGCCGAGGACCAAAAGCGCGCGACAGACGAGCUCGAGGCGUCGAACGAGAAGCUGGCAGGCCUGCAUAAAGAGCUUGAAGAAGCGCUCGCGGGCGCUCAGGGUGAAGGUUUGAGCGUGGAGGACAUGAUGGCUGCAGCCGAGAAAGCUUUGCUGAGUCCAGAGCCUGCGACGAGUGAAGCAUCCCAGGAAAUGAUGCGCGAGCUGCAUAGCGUGCGGGAAGAAUUGCAACUGUCUAAACAAGACGUCGCGAGUGCGGAGCAGACCAUCGCAAAAUUGCGCACGCAGCACGAUGUGCUCACCGCACGCGCAAAGGAAAUAGAGGAACAGAGCCAAUCCCUUUCACAAUCACAAGACGCAAAAGUGGCGACGUUACGUGAGGAUGUGACAUCCCUUCGCGAAAAACUCGGGUCAAAGGAUGCGGAAUUAGACGAUUUGCGCAAGCAACUCGGCGAAGCGAAGAAGCGAGCCGAAGCGCUCGAUAGGGAACGUCUCGAACUCACGGCGCAAUGCGAAGAAACAUCAAGGCACCAUAAAGACGUUGACGCAUCAAACGCUGAGGUUACAAGAAUGCGCGAAAAAUUUGAAAACGCAGUCACGAAAGGCAAAGGAUUCCAAGAAGAAGGCAAAAAGCUCCGCGCAGAGCUUGAGGCGAAACACGUGGAGCUGGCCCAAGCUCAGGAUGUUUCGACUUCGAUGCGGGCUCGCGUGACAGAGCUUAUGGCGAGUUUAGACGCCGCAAACGAGAAAGUCACCGAUGGGCUUCGGCUUCUUGCGCAGAAGGAGGAAGAAGUAGCCAGGAGUGCGUCGACAUUGAAAACCGUCGAGAAUGCGGCGAAAGAACUCAACACAGCGAAAGCGGAGACAGCCAAACUGCAGCAAAAGUUUGAUAACGCGGUCAAGAAAGGAAAAGGAUAUCAAAGCGAGUGCGGUGCGCUCACCGCUCGGCUGAAAGAACGCGAGAGCGCGUUGUCGGCAUCAAAUGCGUCAAAGGCUCAGGUUGAAUCACAGCUUGCCGCUGCUGUCGCAGAAAUUGAGCUCGUGCGUUCCGAGCUCGAGACAAGACUUGACGACGUGCAGCGCAAUUCCACAAAAGAUACCGAAGAACUUAAUUCAUUGCGCGAGCGCUUGCACGACGCCGAGGCGCGCCUUCGUGCUGCAGAAGAUACGAAGGGCUCCGCCAUUGCGGAGCGCGAAGGUAAAAUCUCUGCGCUGGAGAAGCAAAUUAACGAGUCAGAUGCGAACUUUGAGCGGAUGCGCACCGAACUAGCAGCGCGUGAUGAGGAACGCGAUCGACUUAUAUCGCAGAUCAAAUCGAGCGAAGCGGCCCAGGAGGAGCUUCAAAAGCUUCGCUCGAGCAUCGAGUCAUACGAGACGGAAAUGGUGUCUCUCAAGACUGCGAUAGACACGGCGAAGACAAAAUUUGCCAAUGCGGUUAAGAAAGGGAAAGGAUUUCAAGAAGACGCUAAUAAACUUCGUGAUGAAUUAGCCGCGAAAGAUGCCGAGCUUGCACAUGCCCGCGGCGAGUCAGCUUCGGUAGACACUCACCGCGCUGAGCUCGCGGCGAGUUUAGAUGCUGCGAACGCGAAGAUCUCAGAUGGCCUUCGCCUUCUUGCGCAGAAGGAAAACGAAAUCUCGGGUCUGGCGGCGGAGUUGAAAGCAGUCCAAAGUCGAUGUACUACGCUCGAAGAGGAUAUCAGCAAGAGAGACGCCAAGAAGAACGAUGAAAUCGAGCAAGAUGUGCGGGGACAGCGGUGGCUCGAGGAGCAAGCACGCGCUGCGGCGGAGUCUCAAGUGAGAGAUUUGGCGGAGGAGAACGAACGACUGAAGCAAGAAGUUGCGGCAGCAGCGGCUGCAGCGCAGGACGCGUGGCAAGUUGCGGCGAGCCACGGCGUGCGUCCUGGAGAUUCUCGGCCUGUGAGCGAAGUGGGGUCCCCCGUUCGCGAAGGCUAUGGUCAUCGAGCACGCUCGCUCUAUCAACAACCAACGUAUCGAGGUGCCAUGUCGAUGGUGCACGAAAGGAACGACAUGGUUGUACCCAGAGAAGACUACGACCGCGUCAAGGAGCGAUGUGUAAAAUUGAAGAGAGAUUUAGAGGCGGCGAAGCAGGCGGCAAAGGAAGCUGUGCAGCAAGUCAUCAACCGUUUGGAGCUGGAAGUGAUGGCCAAAAUUCAUGCUGAAUCUUCCGCGAAAGCCGCAGAAGCGGAAUGUGAUCGCGCGUGGGCGCACGCAAAAGACGCGCUAGCUACGGCGCGCGAGAUGCAAAAGCAACCGGCUCGUCAGCUAGCUGUCGCCGAAGCGUCAAGCGUCAAGCCACAGCCACCCCCGGGUACGCGCGCGGCGGUUGCGAUGGAGCGUCAAAACGGUAACGGCGUGGUCGUCAUUCGACAAGAACACUUAGCAUCGAUCGUCGCCGCGCUCCUCUCAUUCAUCAUCGGAACGUGGUUUGCGAAAUUCUAG